UAUUAAUCAAUUAAUGAAGAUUGUUAACUCCAAUGAGUAAAUAAAUGAAUAUAUGAUAGUAGUAGUCAAGAGGAUUCAGAUGAUCAAUGCAAGACAAACAUCUCCACAUAUUAAGCCACAAAAUUAAAAUAAUAAGCUAAGGACAUAUAAGAGAUGCUCUUGCAAUUCUAGAGAGACUUUGAGGAUGAAGAAUGUGAUAAGUACUAUAUUUUGAGCAAGAAGUUUUUAAAUGAAUUAAAUAACAUAGAUGGUUUGAGUAGUGGAAAUAGUAUGUGUCAUAUGAUUAAGUUGUAAAUGGCUAACCACCUGAUAAGAAAUUCGGAUAAAUAAUGUUACAAAAUUAUAAUAAUGAUUUGCAAGAGACACGUAUAAAUGAAUGUUUCAAAUUUUACCCUCUUAACACUCAUCCUUGGAAUGUGUGGUUAAAACCCAAUUUAUAAGAGGGAAAAGACUACAUUUUGAUUUCAUAAUAAAUUUAGAACUUUUUGAAUCAAAAUUAUAGGGGACUUCAAAUAGUACGAAAUUCAGUUGGAUAAGGAAAGAAUAAAAAGGUUGUGGUUAAUUUGUUUAAGGUAAAAAUAUCUAUUUGAAUAUAAGUUUAAUGCCACUUUGAUUUUACCAAAUACAAUAAUGUAAAUUGCAUAAGACAAUUUAACAUAAUUUGAAAAAGAAUAUUUAUAAGUAGAUGAAUCUAGUACAACGAAAGAUCUUUAUGCAUUGAUAUAAAAAACAGUACCUACUUUUAGAGGUAAUUACAAUAGUCAGAACAGUGUUAGAAUUUGGAAAUAUAAUAAUUAAAAUGAUCCACAUAAAGCACUAUUUGCAGAAAUAAAGAAAUAAGUGCAAGAUCUUGAUUAUUUUGAUGAUCAUGUAUUUAAUUUUUCAGGAGAUCCUAUAGAGAAUUCUUCAAAUAUCGCAAUUAAAUAAUUGUAAUUAAGUGAGAAUGAUCUUAUAGUAAUAGAAGUAUUAUGUCUAAAUAAUAAAUCAGUUUUAAUAAAGCAAUAAACCAUGGUGUAUAAGACAUCCAUCUGUUCCAAUUGAAGGGAAAUGUGAAAAUUGUGGUUGUAUUUGUGUUCUCUCAUAUCCAUGUGUAUGUAAAAAGGUAGCAUAUUGUUCAGAAAAAUGUAAAAUUAAUGAUGAAGGAAUGCAUCUACCAAAAUGCGAUCCUUGUGGAUCUGAUGAUGAAUAAGUUAGAUAAAUAACUUACACUAAUCAAUCAGUUAAAGGAGUAACAGGUUUAGCUAAUUUGGGUAAUACAUGUUUCAUGAAUAGUGGAACAUAAUGUUUAUCUAAUACAUAUCAAUUAUCAGAAUAUUUCAUUACUAAUAAAUUUUUUGAUGAAAUUAAUGAGGAUAAUCCUCUUGGAACAAAAGGAUAAUUAGUUAGAAAAUAUGCUUCAUUAAUUAAAAAAUUGUGGUGUGGAGAUAAAAACAUAGUUAUUCCAACCAGCUUCAAAAAAGCAGUAGGAUAAUUUUAACCUAUGUUCAAAGGAUUCUAAUAACAUGAUUCUUCUGAACUUAUUACUUUUCUAUUAGAUGGAUUACAUGAAGAUCUAAAUAGAGUCAAAAAAAAACCAUAUGUUGAAUCCAAAGAUUAUUUGAAUAGACCAGAUUUUGAAGUAGCCAAAGAAAGUUGGGAUAAUCAUCUUGCUAGAAAUUAAUCUAUUAUUGUUGAUUUAAUGCAUGGAUAAUAUAAAUCAACACUUAAAUGUCCAACAUGUUCAUAAAUUUCUAUUACUUUUGAUCCUUUCUUAACUGUUGGAUUAAGUAUUCCAAGCAAAAAAUAAAAAUCUAUUCAUUUAAGACUUAUUAAAUCAAUUCUCUAAAUUGAAACUAAAUACAUUAAUUAUGAGGGAUCUAAAAAAACUAUGCCUCUAAUUGAAUUUACUAAAGAAUAUAUUAUUCCUGAAUUCAAAAUUGAACCUAAUUCAGAAUUUAUAUUUUAUACCUCUUAUUCCUAUGAUAUUCAAGAACUUAUUGAUCCAAAAACUGAAAUUAAUGUUGUGAGAAAGAAUUCCAAAAGAGGUUAUCUAGUAAUGAAACUAAUCUCUAAAUAAGAAAGUCAGAUUCCUUUAGAAGAUAGAAUUUACUUAAGCUAUACAUAAAAAGCCUUAUAAGGAUUAAGUUCUUAAUAUAAAAGCACUAUCUUUUAAUCCUUCUAAGUUAUCAUUUCUAAAGAAUUUACUUUAAAAUAAAUUCAUCUAGCUAUUUUUUAGGCUGUUCUUCCUAUAUUUUGUGAUGUAAUUUCUCCAAGUGAUGUAGAUACUCCUGAAAAAAUAUAAUAGUACUAUGAAGAGAAUGUUUAUGGAAAAGUAAAUAAUAAUAUAUAUUAAAUUUAGUAUUAUCAAAUACAAUAUAGAGCUCCUAAUGCUUAUUGGUAAUUAUGCAAUUUUUGCAACUAAAAAGAUUGCUAAGAUUGUCCAGCAGAAUAUUUAGAUGAAAUCUACUAAAAUUUAAAAAAUAAAUUUAGUAAAAACGAUUAGAAUUUCAAAAUUGAUUUGAUAGUAUUUUGGAAUUAGAGUCCUUUUUAAAAUGUUAAACCAGCUGAUAUCUUUUAAUAUUAUUAAAAUUAAUAAUAAAAAAAAUAGAUGGAAGGUAAUUCUAUUUAUUAUUAUUAUUAUCUAGAAGAGAGAAAUAUGAUGAAUAACGAUGAAAACAAUAAUAACUCCAAUAAAACUAGAUACACCUCAAAAAAUAAUUAUUAUACUAACAAUAAUACAAACAUUAAAGUAACACUCUAAGAAUGUCUCUAAUAAUCUGAAUAACCAGAAUAAUUGGCAUAAGACAAUGCCUGGUAUUGCAAAAUUUGUAAGGAACAUGUUCAAGCAUUUAAGAGUAUGUAGAUUUAUAAGGUUGUAUUAUCAAUUUAUAAUAAGGCAUCUGAUAUUCUAAUAUUCACCUUGAAAAGAUUUAAAGCAUCAAGUGGGUUUUUCAAAUAAAAACUUGAGACUUUUGUCGAAUUCCCUGUGAGAGGACUAAAUUUAACAGAAUUCAUUUUGAAUAAAAAUCGACCUAUAGAUUAUGAAAAAGAAUAACUAUAGAAGGAAAAAAUAGAAGAAGAAUUACCUGAAUAAAUUGAGGAUGACAAGAAAUUAAUUUAUGAUUUAUUUGCAGUAUCUAAUCAUUUUGGAGGAAUGGGAGGAGGACAUUAUACUGCUUAUGGAAAGAACCAUGUACUUUAAGUGUUUAGUCUUAGUUUAAUGGAAAAUGGUACAAUUUCGAUGACGCUCAAGUGAAUGAAUUAGAUGAAGAUUAAAUUGUUUCAAAGAGUGCAUAUGUGUUGUUUUACAAGCGAAGAUAAAAAGAUGAAAAUACAUAAGACUUUAAUACCCAAGAUUGAAAUUUAUCUAUAUGAAGUUUAAAAUAUUUUAUGUAUAAUAAAAAAAAAGUUAAAAUCUGAUUUUGAAAGAUCAGUUAUUAUAGCUAUUUUUGUGAAUAGAGGAGGAUGGAUAUAAUCACAAGAAAAGUAGAAGAUUCAACAAAUAGGAAUUUAUAUUGAGCUACUAUAUGAAAUGUCUACCUACCACUUAUAUUUUC